CUCCGGCAUUGUAACUAGGAGCAGUAGCCCAAAGCCAGGUACCGUAUGUCUCUACUAUCAGGAUAGGAUGCUUUAGCUUUCGCCACAGAACCUGCUGACUGUUUCGUUGGCCUUCAAAGGUCAGAGUGAUGCUCCUGGCGGCUCUGCUGUGAUCUCUGCUGCUGCGGUUUCCACAGAAACAAAACAACGGUGGGCAGAAAGCGGUUCAGUCACAGAAAGAUGACGUCGUCGUCGCCCACUCACAGUGACAGCAGCGGCUCCUCUAAGCACGACAGUAACCAGGACAGCUGGGAGAUCGUGGAGGGGCUACGGGGGGUUCCUGCCAGCAUGCAGGAGCCCGACAGACAGGAGGGCUUCCUGCUCAAGAGGAGGAAGUGGCCCAUGAAGGGGUGGCAUAAGAGAUACUUCGUGUUGGAGAAAGGCAUCUUGAAGUAUGCGAAGCGCGGACCUGAUAUGAAGAAGGGAAAGCUUCACGGCUGCAUUGACGUCGGCCUCUCGGUCAUGUCAAUCAAAAAGAAAGUCAUGUGCAUCGACCUGGACACGGAGAAUAACAUCUAUCACUUAAAGGUGAAGUCUCCCGAGCUUUUUGAGGAGUGGGUGUCAAAGAUGCGUCAUCACCGCGUAUUUCGGCAGAACGAGAUUGCCAUGUACCCCCAUGAGAGGCACCUCUUCAACCCCCACGCCUCCUCCUCCCCCUCUCUCAGUGAUUCCCUCAGAAAAAGGGCUACUCUGACUAAGCAGGCGUCGGUCCACCAGGCUAAGGUCAGUUCUUGGCUCCACUCCUCAGAAGACAUGAACAAAUGCUGCAAAGACUUGGAGGAAUGUGAAUCGUACCUGCUGGAGCUCAAUCUGCUGCUGAAGAGCAUGGAGGUCCUCCACCGCACUUACUCCGCCCCCGCCAUUAGUGCACUACAAGCGUCUAAUUAUGACAUGCCCAAGAAAGAGAAGAGGCCAAGGAGAUGGCGAUCCAAAAACAAUGGCAAAGAACCCAAAGCCACACUACAGGUCCCAAGCUGCAUCUCCUCCCAAUCCCCUCGUCUCCACGCCUCAAAUCCCAAUCUCUCCACCACGGAGGCAAACGCACCGGAGAUCUGUCCCGAAUCCCCAGACUCGCCUACAGAUGGGUCCCGCCUUCAGGAGGACUUCUGCAGGCUGGCCAACAACAUCCACACCACACUGAAAUCGGCCUUUGGUUCCCUGGUAGCGGAGAGAGACAGACUGAGGCACACCAUCGACCUGCAGGCCCCACAGCCGGCGCAGGUCAUCGGCCUGAAGACCAGCUUUGCCUCAGAUUGUCCAGGAGGCUCCCACUCCUUAGUCCACCAGGUGUCCAAUGAGAGCAAAGGGUCUAUCCCGGAGUCCAUAUCGGAGUUCUUCGAUGCUCAGGAGUACCUCCUCUCCUCUUCCUCCUCUGAGAAUGAGGUGUCCGACGAUGACUCGUACAUCAGUGAUAUCAGUGACAGCGUCUCCAUGGAUACCUAUAGCAACGAGGGAGGCAGUGAGAGACACAACUCUGUUAGCAGCGUGGUGACCCUGGCUCGCCGUCGCUCCGCGCUGCCGUCUACCAGCCCCACCAGCACCGUGAGCCUGUGGAACAUCCUGAAGAACAACAUCGGGAAGGACCUCUCCAAAGUGGCUAUGCCAGUGCAGCUCAACGAGCCGCUCAACACCCUGCAGAGGCUGUGUGAGGAGCUGGAGUACAGCGAGCUGCUGGACACCGCCAACCAGACCCAGGACCCCUUCCAGCGCAUGGUUUAUGUCGCAACAUUUGCAAUAUCUGCAUAUGCUUCCACCUACCAUCGAGCAGGAAGUAAACCCUUCAACCCCCUCCUGGGAGAGACAUACGAGUGUGACAGACCUGAUAAAAACUACAGGUUUAUAGCUGAGCAGGUGAGUCAUCACCCGCCUGUGUCAGCAUGUCACUCUGAUUCAAGGAACUUCACCUUUUGGCAAGAUGUUCGAUGGAAAAAUAAAUUCUGGGGCAAAUCCAUGGAAAUUGUUCCCAUGGGGACCACACAUGUCGCACUACCUGCGUUUGGGGACCACUAUGAAUGGAACAAAGUGACAUCCUGCAUCCAUAACAUCCUGAGCGGCCAGCGCUGGAUCGAACAUUACGGAGAGAUGUCCAUCAAAAAUAUCAACAGUGACGCCUGUCAGUGUAAAGUCACAUUCGUCAAGGCAAGAUCUUGGAGCUCCACAGUUAACGAGAUAGAGGGCGUGAUUACGGAUUCAAAUGGAAAAGUAGUUCACUCCAUCUUUGGAAAAUGGCACGAGUCAGUUUUUCAAGGAGACCCGCCUUCUGCCACGUGUAUCUGGAGAUCAAACCCCAUGCCAGUGGAGCAAGACCAGUACUACGGCUUCACCCAGUUUGCAGUGGAGUUAAACGAGCUGGACUCCAACCUGAGAGCCCUGCUGCCCUCCACAGACACACGCUUCAGGCCGGACCAGAGGCUGUUGGAGGAGGGGAACACAGAAGGAGCCGAGGAGCAGAAGCAGAGAAUAGAGCAGCUCCAGAGGGAGAGGAGGAAAGUGCUGCAGGAAAACAACAUGACCCACCAGCCACGCUUUUUCAAGAAGUCUAACAAUGACACGUGGGUGAGCAACAACUCGUACUGGGAGAUGCGCAGAGACCCUGGCUUCAGUAAAACGGACUUCCCUGUGUUGUGGUGACCUAGGGAGGGAGGUAUACAACUGAAAUAAAACUGAACUGAGAGCAGGCUCCAAGUGUCCUGACCUGGUUAACAUGCAUCACACCAUGUCAUGGUAACACAAACCUAAGGGACUUCCUGCUUCCUCUUCUGGACCGAGCAGAUCUGCUGUUGGUGUUGUUUCUGUUAAAAAUAGUUUCUCCUCUCAUUAUCAUAACUGUAAUCUACAAAAUCUUCAUAUCGUGUUACUUUGCAUCUCAGCAUUUACCAAAGUGCCUUUUUUAUUGCAGUGCCUCACUCAAUCAACUGCUGUAGCGGUUAUGCAUAAACACUUUUAUUCCGAAAAAAAGAUUUGGAUGAUGUCAGUAUAUGUGGACUUCACUGGAGAGGAUCAGGGCUGGAGGUGUCAGCAUCAGGACCUGAGGGUUGUUUUAUGACUAAAGCCAGAAGCUAAUCAGAGGUUUUAGUUAUAAAAGAAAGACUUUAGCCUUUCUUCAGUACGCUGCCUUGUUCUAACGAGUCAUGACUGUCAUAGGACUGUGGAUAAUCAUUGAGGACAAAAAGCAAUAAUACUACAUGUUCAAAGAAGAAAAUAAACUGUACAAUGAAUGGA